UAUAGGCAUGAUAAUUGACCACCAGCAUUAUUUGCAAGGAUGGUGAGAAAUACGCAGAAUUCGAAUGCGAUAAGUAGCAAAUUUGGGGUGAAUUAAGCUGUAGACUAGACUGUUCAUUUUAUUUGUAUCGGGAGUACUGUGUGUUGUACACUGUUUGCUGUUUGACACAUCACCAACUCGAUUAUUGAACACUAUACGUGUUUGUUGUUGGUGCUACAAGCACAGUUGUUUUAAACAAGAAACAAUUAAGAUGAAUUGUGGAUAAUCAUCAAGCUUCCGUAUGCAGACAUUCAUAUAAAACGCAGGAAUGAAAAUUCUGACGAUGUUGUGACUCAUAUCUUAGGAUUUUGUCAGAUAGGUGAAUUUUGGUCUUCGAUAUUCUCUUGGCACGACGAAGCUUCAAUACCCAUGGUAUUACAUCGUGACCAGACGGGAGCCACUGUGUACAAGAGGUGAGAACAUUGAAAGGAACCCACUGGAAGAGCUAUCGUGUACCUCGUAUUGUAAUGUGACUGACGAAAACCCGAAAUAGGACCAAACUACCGUGACGGCAUCAAGGCUAACCUUAAUGUUGUGUAUUGGUUAAGUCCAAGUUCAAGUGUUUCACUACAUACCUCGUGAAAGGCUGAGUGUCAUGGCUUUGGACAACUGCACUGCCCUGUAUUUCCGAGACGACCACCGGACAGAUUCUUACAUGGUAUACCUCCCCAUCGACAGGACCAUGACUUAUUACGUCAUACCGGUGAUCUGUGUCUUCGGUAUCUUGUGUAACGCCGCCUUUAUCAUCGUGGUCCACCGCGUGCCGUUCAUGCGGACACCCACAAGUUGCUAUCUUGUGCAACUGGCAGUGGCAGAUAUCUUAUAUUUGAUGUCGUCUUCAUCAGCAAGGAUCGUGUUGUAUUCCAUGACACCGUUCCGCUAUGACAUCUUCCCGCUCGGGUUUGUUACCGGAUGCAUCCUGCGGCCAGCCUUCUCCUAUAUCUCCUACUUUGCGUCCUUGUUCUUCAUCACCUCAGUCACCUUUGACCGGUAUAUUGCCAUCUGCCGGCCGCUGCAGGCAAGGUUGCGCACGUCUACCAAGCGGUCCAGGCUCAGCGUUGCAUUCUGGGUACUUGCGGUAGUAGCCGCUGCUUGUUUACUUCCGGCUUUUUACACAGUGCUUCCAGUUGUGAUACCUUGCAAGAAUUAUCCUCGAGAGAUCAUGGUGUGCCAGUCUGACUUCUUCCCGGAGUGGGUGUCUUACGUCAGAAAUGCACUGCGCACCUUACCCUUCUUCGUCAGUCUUGUAGUGAACGCGGUCAUGUACGCAUCCAUCGUGCGCGCCAUGCAACAACGGAGCAAACUGCAGGAUACCCUGGUGACAUCAAGCCAGCGCAAUGCGAUCGACCGGAUGGUCUUGACCACAGGGGGCCUCUUCUUCCUGCUUUUAUCACCUUUGGAGAGCUACUACCUCGUGGAGACCAUCACAGAAACCAUUGGAAUCCAUUUGCUAACAUUCGAACAGAAGCUGACGAUACUUUGGGUAUUCAAGACGCUAAUCUACACAAACGUAGCGAUCAAUCCUAUUGUGUAUAAUAUCACCAAUUGGCGUUACCGCAUUGCUUUCAAAAAGGUGUUUUGCUGCCAAAAGGACAGACGGAAAAUUGGCAGCAAUAACAUAUUCACUGUUGAACUUGCCUUGCAGAAUGGCAGUUCUGUAACUCCCUCUACACCGUUAUCUUAAGACCAAUGCCCCUCUGUAUAACAAGACGUUUGGAAUUUUGUACAAAAAUAAGUAACGGCGCCCGCUGCCACUGUUGUACUUUCGUUGAGGACAAAGUUUUUAUUUCGAAAGAUCUUGGUAGAUGUCAAUUAAAAACCCGCAACUAAAUUAAUUCUUCCCAUUGACCUCUGCAUUAACAAACGACCCUGUGUUUGUAUAUCUAAUUUUAUUUUAAGAAUUAAUUUUUUUGUCAUGAUAUUUUGGUGAUUAUUAAAAGGACUAUUGAUUAUAUGGUAAACUAUAAAAUAUUCAGAAUUAUUCAUGUUGAAACUGGCAAAAAAAGUCUUUGCAUUGCUUUUUACAGUGCAGUGAUGGAACCUGGAAAUCAAUUCUUUUAGAAUGGUUACGUUUUAUUUAGUAUUAGUAUAGUAUUAGUCUUUGCCAAGGCCUUAUUGUUAAGCACGAACCCUGAAACCAAUUGUUUGGCACGAUAGCAGCACUGGCCUUCUAACUACAUGAAACAGAAGGACUGUCUGAUUAUUUGCUGGUCAGACACUUCACUAAAUCUAACAAAAUAAAUAGAUGAAUACAUUUGUUGUUUUUUCCAUUCAAACAAUUCCAUCUGUUUGUAUUUUCGUUCGCAUUUGCGCAUAAGUAGGUGAUUUGUUUAAUAAUUGAUGAAUUUGAAACCAAAGCGUCAAUCUUGGUGGUUUCCCGUUGUGCGUGGGCUACCUAAAUUUCGUACUCUAUUCUCAUUUUUUUAAUGGCUGCUGGCCUGAAAUUUACAUUGGUAUUGAUGAUAAGAAUUUAGAAUAUUGUCCAGCGACAAUAUUUCGACACAUACACUCGCUGCCUUUUUUGUACCUUCGU